AUGGCUGGUGAGCACGCGAUCCACUUAGAUCUGGCUGACGAGUGCGCGGGCCACUUGGAGGUGGUCGGUGAGCGAUCGGUCACUGUUUUGCCAUUUCUAGUGGCCGAUGAGCGUACGGGCCACUUGGAGCUGGUUGACGAGUGUGCGGGCACUUUGAGGUGGUCGGUGAGCACACGGGUCACUUGGUUCGUUGUUUUGUGGCCGAUGAGUAUGCAGACACUUGCGGUGGCUGGUGAGCACGCGGGCCACUUGGAGCUAGCUGACGAGUACGCAGGCCACUUGGAGGUGACGGUUUCUGGAUCUGAUAAUGAAGAGCAAAACCUAUCUCCUACCGAUCUAGAGAUGAGUCCUAUAACAACUCCUCCUCCUACCGGUGUUAAUCCUAAAUCUGGUGGCGACGAAUCUACUGCACCAAUAACUCCUAAAAGGCCGAGAUCCGACGUGUGGAAUUUUCUUGAGAAGAUAGACGUCACCAAGGAUGAACACGGUAGGAUUCUCUCCCAGAAGGCAAAAUGUGCAUUGUGCGGCCAGUCUUCUUCGUCAGAUCUGGUUUUUGAGAGUAAUUGGGCCAGAUCUGCCGUGGUUUCCCCGCUGUUCUUCUUCCGCCUCAGCUCUCUAUUCUUCGCGCCUCUUCUUCGCUUCUCUUCUCCGGCCGCCCUUUGGGUUUCUUUGCGUGGUCGAGGCUGGUACUCGAAACCCUAUAUCUGGUACGCUCCCCAGAAGAUCACCAAGGCCAUGAAGCUCGUCGCCGCCGCCAAGGUCCGCCGAGCCCAGGAGGCCGUCGUCAACGGCCGCCCCUUCUCCGAAACCCUGGUCGAGGCCCUCUACAACAUCAACGAGCAGAUGCAGACCGAUGACAUCGACGUUCCCCUCACGAAGGUGAGGCCCGUGAAGAAGAUUGCGCUCAUUGUCGUCACUGGAGAUCGAGGGCUCUGUGGGGGUUUCAAUAACGCGAUCAUCAAGAAGGCUGAGUCGAGGAUCGCCGAGUUGAAGACAUUGGGGCUGGACUACACUGUUAUUAGUGUUGGGAAGAAGGGCAAUUCUUACUUUCUGUGGCGGCCGUAUAUCCCGGUUGAUCGGUUUCUCGAGGGCGGGGCACUGCCCACAACGAAAGAGGCGCAUGCUAUUGCCGAUGAUGUAUUCUCCCUCUUUGUCAGUGAGGAGGUCGACAAGGUCGAGCUUCUCUACACUCAAUUUGUAUCCCUCGUCAAGUCUGUCCCUGUGAUCCAUACUCUCCUUCCUCUCUCUCCCAAGGGCGAGAUCUGCGACAUCAAUGGAGUUUGUGUUGAUGCUGCUGAAGAUGAGCUCUUCAAGCUUACCACCAAAGAAGGAAAAUUAACAGUUGAAAGGGAGACUGUUAGAACCCCAACUCCAUCUUUCUCUCCAAUUCUUCAAUUCGAGCAAGACCAAGGGUGAAUUUGUUUUUUUAAUGCUUGCUUUUUUUUAAUGUUGUUUGAGAAAUAUUGUUGUUUCAUAUAUUCCUUGGUAAAUGCAUGCAUAUCAUAUAUUGUUUCAUAUUUCUUUAAUAUUAAUAUGGCUAUGCUUACAAUA